UCGGCCCGUCGUCGCUUUGGCAAACUUCGGCAUGGCGGGGUACCUGUCCCCCGCCGCAUACCUGUACGUGGAGGAGCAGGAGUACCUCCAGGCCUACGAGGAUGUUCUGGAGAGGUACAAAGAUGAACGGGACAAAGUUCAAAAGAAAACGUUUACAAAAUGGAUAAAUCAGCAUCUCAUGAAGGUUCGAAAACAUGUGAAUGAUCUUUAUGAAGACUUAAGAGAUGGACACAACUUGAUCUCUCUUCUAGAAGUUCUUUCAGGGGACACCUUGCCCAGAGAGAAAGGGCGGAUGCGUUUUCACAGACUACAGAAUGUUCAAAUUGCACUUGACUAUUUGAAAAGACACCAGGUGAAAUUGGUGAACAUCAGAAAUGAUGACAUAACAGAUGGAAAUCCAAAAUUGACCUUGGGAUUAAUAUGGACAAUAAUUUUGCACUUCCAGAUAUCUGACAUCCAUGUUACUGGAGAGUCGGAGGAUAUGUCUGCGAAAGAGAGAUUGCUCCUGUGGACGCAGCAGGCCACCGAAGGGUAUGCUGGAAUUCGGUGUGAAAAUUUCACUACUUGCUGGAGAGAUGGAAAACUGUUCAAUGCCAUCAUUCACAGAUACAGGCCGGACCUGAUAGACAUGAAUACUGUUGCUGUUCAAAGCAACCUUGCAAAUUUAGAACAUGCUUUUUAUGUAGCAGAAAAAAUCGGUGUCAUUAGACUUCUUGACCCUGAAGAUGUUGAUGUCUCCUCACCUGAUGAAAAAUCAGUAAUAACUUAUGUGUCAUCCCUCUAUGAUGCAUUUCCCAAAGUCCCAGAAGGAGGUGAAGGCAUCGGUGCAAAUGAUGUUGAAGUCAAAUGGAUUGAAUACCAGAAUAUGGUGAACUACCUCAUUCAGUGGAUUAGACACCAUGUGACCACCAUGUCUGAGAGAACAUUUCCUAAUAAUCCUGUAGAACUAAAGGCACUUUAUAGUCAGUAUUUACAGUUUAAAGAAACAGAAAUUCCACCAAAGGAGACAGAAAAGUCAAAAAUUAAACGCCUCUAUAAGUUACUAGAGAUCUGGAUAGAAUUUGGCCGCAUCAAACUCCUUCAAGGUUAUCAUCCAAAUGACAUUGAAAAAGAGUGGGGGAAACUCAUCAUCGCCAUGCUUGAGAGGGAGAAGGCACUCCGUCCCGAAGUAGAAAGGUUGGAAAUGUUGCAGCAGAUUGCUAACCGCGUUCAGAGGGACAGUGUCAUCUGUGAAGACAAACUAAUGCUGGCACGGAAAGCUCUCCAGUGUGAUUCUAAAAGAUUGGAAUCAGGGGUGCAGUUUCAGAAUGAAGCAGAGAUUGCCGGGUAUAUACUUGAAUGUGAGAAUCUUCUACGCCAGCAUGUAAUCGAUGUUCAGAUUCUUAUUGAUGGAAAAUACUACCAGGCAGAUCAGUUGGUGCAGAGGGUUGCAAAAAUGCGCGAUGAAAUUAUGGCCUUAAGGAACGAAUGUUCUUCCGUGUACAGCAAAGGGCGCAUGCUGACGACGGAACAGACAAAGCUCAUGAUAUCAGGAAUCACUCAAAGCUUAAACUCAGGAUUUGCACAGACCUUAAACCCCUGUCUGAACUCAGGGCUGACCCAGAGUUUAACACCGUCCCUGACCUCUUCAAGUGUGACCUCAGGCCUGUCCUCGGGUCUGACCUCCCGACUGACUCCCUCUGUCACUCCAGCCUAUACACCUGGGUUCCCAUCAGGAUUAGUGACACACUUCAGUUCCGGAAUAGAGACAAAUUCACUGCAGACGCCCAAACUGAUGCAGAUCCGAAAGCCUCUUGUCAAGUCUUCCCUGCUGGAUCAGAACUUGACCGAAGAGGAAGUAAACAUGAAAUUUGUCCAGGACCUUUUAAAUUGGGUGGAUGAGAUGCAGGUGCAGCUGGACCACACUGAAUGGGGUUCAGAUUUACCAAGUGUGGAGAGCCAUUUAGAAAAUCAUAAAAAUGUCCAUCGAGCUAUUGAGGAAUUUGAAUCGAGCCUUAAAGAAGCUAAGAUCAGUGAGAUCCAGAUGACAGCACCGCUUAAACUGACUUAUACAGAAAAGUUGCACAGAUUAGAGAGUCUCUAUGCAAAACUCUUGAAUACGUCCAGGAAUCAGGAGAGGCACCUUGAUACACUCCAUAAUUUUGUGACUCGUGCAACCAAUGAACUUAUAUGGUUGAAUGAAAAAGAAGAGGAGGAAGUUGCCUAUGAUUGGAGUGAAAGAAACACCCACAUAGCUCGGAAAAAAGAUUACCAUGCCGAAUUAAUGAGAGAGCUUGAUCAAAAGGAAGAAAACAUUAAAGCGGUACAGGAGAUAGCAGAGCAGCUACUUCUGGAAAAUCACCCAGCCCGGUUAACUAUUGAGGCCUACCGAGCGGCAAUGCAGACACAGUGGAGCUGGAUCUUACAGCUCUGCCAGUGUGUGGAGCAACACAUAAAGGAGAACUGUGCUUAUUUUGAGUUUUUCGACGAUGCCAAAGAAGCUACUGAUUACCUAAAGUAUCUCAAAGAUGCCAUCCAGCGGAAAUACAGCUGCGAUAGAUCAAGUAGCAUUCACAAGCUGGAAGACCUGGUUCAGGAAUCAAUGGAAGAGAAAGAAGAGCUUUUGCAGUAUAAAAGUACAGUGGCCAGCCUGAUGGGAAGAGCGAAAACAAUAAUUCAGCUGAAGCCAAGGAACCCUGACUGCCCGCUCAAGACUUCUAUUCCAAUCAAAGCUAUUUGUGACUACAGACAAAUUGAGAUCACGAUUUUCAAAGAUGAUGAAUGUGUUCUGGCCAACAACUCUCAUCGUGCCAAGUGGAAGGUCAUCAGCCCGACUGGGAAUGAGGCUAUGGUCCCUUCUGUAUGCUUCACAGUUCCCCCACCAAACAAAGAAGCUGUUGACUUUGCAAACAGAAUUGAGCAGCAGUAUCAGAAUGUCCUGACUCUUUGGCACGAGUCUCACAUAAACAUGAAGAGUGUGGUAUCCUGGCAUUACCUGGUCAAUGAAAUUGACAGAAUUCGUGCGAGCAAUGUGGCUUCUAUCAAAACCAUGUUACCUGGUGAGCACCAACAAGUUCUGAGUAAUCUGCAGUCUCGAUUUGAAGAUUUUCUGGAAGAUAGUCAGGAAUCCCAAAUAUUUUCUGGCUCAGAUAUAACACAACUGGAAAAGGAAGUCAACGUAUGUAAACAGUACUAUCAAGAACUUCUGAAAUCUGCAGAAAGAGAGGAGCAAGAGGAAUCUGUUUAUAAUCUUUACAUCUCUGAAGUUCGAAACAUUAGACUUCGGUUGGAGAACUGUGAAGAUCGGUUAAUUAGACAGAUCCGAACUCCACUGGAAAGAGAUGAUUUGCAUGAAAGUGUGUUCAGAAUUACAGAGCAGGAGAAACUAAACAAAGAGCUGGAGCGACUCAAAGACGACUUAGGAACAAUCACAAGUAAAUGUGAAGAUUUCUUCAGUCAAGCGGCGAAUGCUCCGUCAGUUCCAACCUUACGAUCGGAACUCAGCGUGGUCAUUCAGAGCCUGAACCAAGUCUAUUCGAUGUCUUCUACCUACAUUGAUAAAUUGAAAACUGUUAAUUUGGUAUUAAAAAACACUCAGUCUGCAGAAGCUCUUGUGAAACUCUAUGAAACUAAACUGUGUGAGGAAGAAACAGUGAUAGCCGACAAGAAUAACAUCGAAAACCUAAUAAGCACUUUAAAGCAAUGGAGAUCUGAAGUAGAUGAAAAGAGAGAGGUGUUCCAUGCAUUAGAGGACGAGUUGCAGAAAGCAAAGGCCAUCAGUGAUGAAAUGUUUAAGACAUACAAAGAACGGGACCUUGACUUUGACUGGCACAAAGAAAAAGCAGAUCAGUUGGUUGAAAGGUGGCAAAAUGUUCAUGUUCAGAUUGACAACAGGCUACGAGAAUUAGAAGGCAUUGGCAAAUCCUUGAAAUACUACAGAGAUGCUUAUCAUCCUUUAGAUGACUGGAUUCAACAAGUGGAAACCACUCAGAGAAAGAUUCAGGAAAAUCAGCCUGAAAAUAGCAAAACCCUCGCCACACAAUUAAAUCAGCAGAAGUCGCUGGUGUCUGAAAUAGAAAUGAAGCAGAGUAAAAUAGAUGAAUGUCAGAAAUACGCAGAACAAUACUCAACGACAGUGAAGGACUAUGAGUUACAGACAAUGACCUACCGGGCCAUGGUGGAUUCACAACAAAAAUCUCCAGUGAAACGCCGAAGAAUGCAGAGCUCCGCGGACCUCAUUAUUCAAGAGUUCAUGGAUCUCAGGACCCGGUAUACUGCUCUGGUUACCCUCAUGACACAGUAUAUUAAAUUUGCUGGUGACUCAUUAAAGAGACUGGAAGAGGAGGAGAAGUCACUGGAAGAAGAAAAGAAAGAACAUGUUGAAAAAGCCAAAGAAUUACAGAAAUGGGUAUCAAAUAUCAACAAGACUCUGAAAGAUGGAGAGAAGGCUGGAAAAUCUCCCUUCUCUAAGCAAAAGAUUUCCAGUGAGGAAAUAUCAGCUAAGAAAGAACAGUUUUCUGAAGCGCUUCAAACCAUGCAGCUGUUUUUGGCUAAACACGGAGAUAAAAUGACAGAUGAAGAAAGAAAUGAAUUGGAAAAACAAGUGAAAAGUCUUCAAGAAAGUUAUAAUUUAUUCUUCAGUGAGUCUCUGAAACAGCUCCAGGAACCACAGACUUUAGGAGAUAAGAAGGUAGAGGAGAAGCUGGAUAAGGUGAUCGCAGGGACCAUCGAUCAGGCCACUGGAGAAGUCCUUCCAGUUUUUCAGGCAGUUUUAAGAGGCCUCAUUGACUAUGACACAGGAAUCAGUUUGCUUGAGACACAGCUAAUGAUUUGUGGUAUAAUAUCACCAGAACUAAGAAAAGGUUUUGGCCUCAAAGAUGCUGAAAGGCUCGGCCUUAUUGAUGAUCAAAUUCUGAGCCACCUCAAAGAACUCAGUCAAGCCAAGGAGCUGAUUUCCGCUGUGUCAUCGACCACAGUUCCAGUUCUGGAUGCUCUGGCUCAAGGAGUGAUAUCAGAAUCCAUGGCCAUCCGGGUUCUUGAGAUACUGAUUUCCACAGAUUUUCUAGUUAUUCCAACCACAGGAGAACAGUUGACCCUCCAUAAGGCCUUCCAGCAGAACUUGAUUUCCUCAACAUUAUUUUCUAAAGUCCUGGAAAGGCAAAAUACGUGCAGAGAUCUUAUCGAUCCCUGCACCUCUGAGAAAGUAUCAUUAAACGACAUCAUGCAGAGAAGUAUUUUACAGGAAAGCACUGGGAUGCGUCUUCUUCCUGUGAGACCGCAAGAAGGCGGCAGAAUAACAUUAAAAUGUGGAAGGAGCAUAAGCAUUUUAAGGGCCGCUCAUGAGGGUCUCAUCGACCGUGAAACCAUGCUUAGGUUGUUAGGCGCACAGCUUCUUUCUGGAGGUCUUAUCAGUUGCAACACUGAUCAAAGAAUGACUGUUGAAGAAGCUAUGGCAGCAGGGGUGAUCGACAGAGAUAUGGCUAGCAGCAUCCUCACGUAUCAGGUCCAAACAGGUGGCAUUAUGCAGUCAAAUCCGGCUAAACGUUUGACAGUGGACGAAGCUGUCCAGUGUGAUCUAAUAACAUCCAGCAGUGCUCUUUUGGUACUCGAAGCUCAGCGCGGCUACGUUGGACUCAUCUGGCCUCACUCUGGUGAAAUAUUUCCUGCAUCAUCUUCCUUGCAGCAGGACCUGAUUACAAAUGAAUUGGCAUACAAAAUCCUGGAUGGCAGGCAGAAGAUAGCUGCUCUUUAUAUUCCAGAGACUUCUCAAGUCGUUGACUUAGAUGCCGCUACGCAGCUUGGAAUUAUAGACAGUAACACUGCGUCCAUUUUAAAAAGUGUAACCCUUCCUGAUAAAAUGCCAGAUUUGGGAGAGUUAGCAGCUUGCAAAAAUUCCAAAAGAUGGCUCUCUUUUUGUAAAUUCCAGCCGUCUACUGUUCACGAUUACAGGCAACAGGAGGAUAUCUUAGAUGGAGAAGAUUCGGUGGCAACUGAGAGCUCAGAACAGACUAAAAAACUAUUUCUGUCUUAUUUGAUGAUAAACAGCUAUAUGGAUGCAAACACAGGACAAAGGCUUUUGAUGUAUGACGGGGACUUGAGUGAGGCAAUUACUAUGCUACUGGAAGACUCUAAUGUAGAACAUGAUGAAGACAUUCUCCAAAACGAUCAUCUUGAUGUCUUAAGACUCCCAGGUGGAUUUCUGAGUCAUUCUCCAAGCAAAGAAAAGGAAGAAACUACAACUUCACCAAGUAGUUUUGAUAAAAUUCAUUGCAAAGAACCUAAGCCAAAAGAAAUCCCUGAAAAUAGAAACUAUGGCACAGAUGAAGACUUUCAUGAAAGGGAAACUAAUGUUUUCAAUGGUGAACUUGAUCAGUUAAAAAAUGGGGCAAAUGUAAUAGGAAUUGAACAUGAAAUUGAGACUUUAUCUAGUGUAUGUGUUCCAAAUUCUGUAUCACAUUUAAGACAGCCUGAACUUGCAGAAGGUGAUAUGUUUAAACAAGACUCUGAGUACCUUCGAGAAAACUGGGAAAGCCAACAAGUUGAAACAGAUGAACAUUCACAUGAAUGUUAUCGUGCUGAAAGUGUUGAAAACUUUGCAAGUGAUUUGACAAAAAAUCAUAACGCAAAAUCAAAAACUCGUAGAAUUAGUGAUUUGGUUGAAACAGACAAUAAAGAUGAUGUCAAGAAGGAUUUGACUAAGUUUGACUAUUCUCCAAGGUUAAGUGCCUUAUUAAGUAACGACAAAUUGAAUUACCAGGGGAGUUUUAGUGCUGAAGUCAGCACAGAGGAAAAUGGAAAUAAAUGUGAAGAUGCUACGUUGCCAGUCAAUAACCAAACUAUCAAUGACCAAACCAUGUCACUGGGUCAAUCAAUGGGAGAAACUUUUCAAGAUCAUUUCCUGGGAAUUGCAGCUAUUAACAUCAGUUUACAGGAAGAACACUUUGAUCAAGAACCCAUAUGUGUUAGUUGUAGUGAUUCUCAAGUCCAAUAUCAUAAUAAAGUGAUUGCACAUAUCUGUGAUGGAGAUGAAAAGAUGCACGCUGUUUCUCAGCCGAAAUCUGAAGACAAGCUAAAUGAAUCCAGUAUGAAGGCUUACUCCCAUGCCAUGACUUCAGGUACUGAUACUGAUCACGUCAUCAGUGCUUCUAGUCCCUCUGAUGUGCCAUUAUUUGAAGAGUCUGCCAGUGCUGGUGACUAUGAAACAUCAUUACUGGACACGCAGCAAAGUGACACAGAAACAGACACUGGCAGUGAUGAUGACUUUUAUGACACUCCCUUGUUUGAAGAGGAUGGUCGUGAUGGUCUGCAACCUGAAGACUGUAAAACACGCCAGGCAGAAAGUGAUAAGGUUGCUCCUUGUGGUUCUGGUUUCCAAGAUUUUGCAAAAGAGGAUGGUAAUUCUGUUGCUACCAAGAAGGAGCUAGUUGAUCGGUCAGGUCUGAGGGAGGGAUCACGAUCUCUUCAGAAUUUUGUCCCAGGUAGAGAGUCCACUGACUUGGACUCUGCGGGAAGAACGCACUUAAAUUCAGGUGAUGCGUACAACGUGAAUGAACAGUCGGUAGAAACUAUAUUAGGAGGAAAAAGUACUAAUAACCAUGAAGGGGAUAAGUCUGACUCAUUGACUGAUUAUGGGCUUGUUGAAAGAAAAGAAGGCUUCAGUGCCUUGUUCGAUGAUGACACUGGCUGUUGGAGAGAGAGUAGCAAAGAGUGCUUCACUGGGCAAGAAUUCAAUUCAGAUUCUGAAUAUUUAGAUUCUGUGCAGAACGAAGAAAGUUAUUGGGAUUAUACUUGUGACAGUAAUGAUCAGGAUGAUGAAGGUGACGAAGAUGCUGAUGAUGCUAGUUCUGAUGGUAAUGAUGAAGGAAGAGGAGGUUAUGAGAAAAAACAGUCCAUGUGCCAUAAUAAGGAUGAAGAAGGGGAUGUUCAGUUGUGUGCUGAAAUCAUAAAUGUAAAGGAAAAUAGUCAUGACAAGCAAAGUAUUAAUAAAAUGAUUCUUCUGGAUAAGAUACCGAAGAGCAGCUCUUUAGAAAAACAGCCUGACUCAACUAGUGAAAGUACUUUAGUUACAGAAAGAAGCAACGAUUCAGAAGAUACAACUGAGGUACUUGGGAAAACUGAAAAAUAUCAAUUGAAUAAUGAGAUGGUUCCUGAAGAUACGUUGCUUCCUGUCACUAAAGAUCCUGGUUCAGAAAACACCCUUCAGCCUGUAGGAUUUGUCCAUAAUACUACUGUAAGCUCAGCUUCCAGAUCAGAUAAUGAUUCUGUGAGCAUGCAGAAUGAGUUGGCUCAAGAGCCAAAAUUCACUGAUUCCAUGAAAGGUGCAGAUCAAUGUUUUGAGAAUGAGGUGCCUCAAGUUAAUUCUUUUUUUAAUAGAAGCAUUAGUUCUGAGCCUCACUUAAUAAGAAAAUCUACUGAGGAUAGCCACUUGUCACCCAUAGCCUUUGUCACUGACAAAGAUCAUCCAGAAAUUCGAAGGGAUGUAAUUCAAAAAGAUGAUCAAAAUGGUAUACUGAGAGAAGAUGGGGCUUCCAUUCAUGGUGAGUGCUCGGGUGAAGGAGCAGAGCAUAUAGAAGGUGUAGUAGACAAUGAGUACCUCAAGCGUGUGCCUUGUAACUUUGUAAGGGAGAAUCUUGAUUCAGUCAACAGCCAGGUCCCUUUCCCACAACUCACAGACAGUGAAGAACAGACUCCGAAUGGAAGCCUUGAAAAAGCAACUGAAACUUUUCAAGUUGAACCCAGAAAUCUACCAGAAAUGGUUAGUGUAAGUCCUGUUCAGUUUGAAAGAACCUUUGGCCCAUCGGUUUCUAAAGAGAUAAAUGAUAGACUUACUUCAGACACUACAUUGUCCAAAGGGAAUACAAGUGUUAAGAAAGAUUCACUGGAUGGUGAGUGUGAAAAGAAGCUUGAUCUAUGUGCUGAUGUAGAACAUGAUACUGAAUGUAGAAAAACAAAAGAUGCCCUGAAAACAAAUGAAGAUCUCCCAAGUUCUGUUCUGGUAGAGCCCCCUCCCACGCAAGAAUACUUAAAAUUAGGAAUGAAUGCGGAAAAUCAGGCAGCUUUCACACAAAGAGACAUACACAGAAGUGAGAAGGCACAAAGGAAUGAUCUUUUUAGUGUAGAAAGCAUCUUAGAGGGAGGAGAAGAAACUCCAGGAAAAAGUGAAAGCACACUUUCAAUCUUACCUCUUAAGAACACGGAAGGCCAUGGGAAAAACGCAGAUUUUGUGUCAUCAGAACUCUGUACAAAUGAGAUAAGGAAUGGUCACGCCAGUAGCGCUCUAAACACUAAUGAUUCUUACUUAGAAAUUAAUAACAAGAAGGAAGGGAUUGAGCUGCAGCCACAAAAAGAACAAACUUUAUCUCCUAAACUUCAAGGCAAGGAAGAGACUCAACUUCCUGAAUUAUAUCAGGCUGUGGGUGAGAAUGGGAAGAAUCGUUUGAAAACUCCAUUGCAAGAAGGCGUCACAAAGCCUCAAGAAGCGGAAGAGCCUUUAGCCUGCGCAGACACAAAAGUACUCCUGCAGAACUUAAUUAAGAGAAUCAGCACAUCACAGUUGGCAAAUGAAGCAUCAGGUGCGUCGAGCGAUUCUAAACUCACUGAUGCUUCUGGAACUUGUGUCGUGAAUGACUUACCAAUACUGAAAGCAGAAAGUAGAGACGAUCUAUUGCGUAUGGAAAAUCUUCGAUCUGAACUUCUGCUAGAUCUACUUAUGCAAAAUCAGCAGAGCCCAAAAAUCACAGAAACAUUUGAAUUGAUGAAGGAACUCACUCAGAUGGAGUAUGGUCUCGAGAAAAGAGGAAUUCCACCCCAAGGACUUCCCCUGCAACUGGAAAAUAUUUUCUACAAGCUACUUGCUGAUAAAUUCUCGGAGAAAGUAGAACACGUUGGAGAAUUGAAGGAAACAUCCUCCACUUUGGAGACAGCAGAUGUAAAACCCUCUAUUCUUGAUGAUCUUAAAAACAGAGAAGGAAAGUCCCGUGCCAAGAAUGUACAAAAUGCUGACGAAAUUCAACUAGAAGAUUCUACUGUGUGUGCAUCAGCAUUGCCAAGAGAUGAGAAAUUUGAGGAACUAUGCAGCGAUUUCCCAGACCAGGUGGAAUAUAUUUCUAAGUCCAAAGAUAUGACUCCUGGAAAUAACUCCUCCACGGAACCGUUUUCCAGUGAACUGCAGCAGUGCUUACAGUACACAUCAAAAAUGAAUGAGUAUUUGGUUUUGCUUCAAGAUAUGAAGCCUCCCAUAGACAGCCCCGAAACUCUGGAUAAUAGUCUUGAAGCUUUGAAGAGUCAACUUAAACACCUGGAGAUGUUCGAAUUGGGAUUGGCUCCAGUUGCUGUUCUUUUGAAAAAAGACAUGAAGUUGGUAGAAGAGUUUUUAAAGUCUCUUCCCGUAGACUUCCCUAAAGAACAUCUUGAGGAACUGAAUAUAAGCCACCAGAGUCUACAGAGUGCCUUCUCUUCCCUCAGCAGUGUGACUUCAGAAAAAAUGAAACACAUUAUGGUCGCAAUUGACUCUGAAAUGUCUAAAUUAGCAGUUACCCAUGAAGAAUUUCUGCAUAAACUUGAAUCAUUCUCCCACUGGAUAUCAGCGAAGAACAAAUCUGUGAAGGAUCUUCAGUCUGUUAGUGUUCAAGACACUGACGGUGUUAAGAAAAGUUUGGACUUUCUCAAAGAUGUGCUAAAGGACCUUGGACACACCAAAGUGCAGCUGGAGGCGACUGCCUUUGAUGUGCAGUUCUUCAUUUCUGAACGUGCACAAGAUCUGUCUCCCAGCCAGAGCAAACAGCUGCUGAGGCUCUUAAAUUCAACUCAGAAAUGUUUUCUUGAUGUACAGGAAUCAGUGUCGACCCAGGUGGAAUGUUUAGAAACUCAGUUACAGCUAGAACAAGAUCUUGAUGAUCAGAAGACAGUGGUGGCUCGACGGCAGGAAUACAAGGAGAAGCUCCAAGGGAUAUGCGAUCUCCUCACCCAGACUGAAAACCGCCUGAUUGGCCACCAAGAAGCCUUUGUGAUUGGGGAUGGCAAAACCGAGUUAAAGAAGUACCAGUCCAAGCAAGAGGAAUUACAGAAAGACAUGAAAGGAAGUGCACAGGCAUUGGCAGAAAUAGUGAAAAACACAGAGAAAUUCUUGAAAGAGAACGACGGGAUGUUGUCUACGGAAGACAAGGCUUUGAUUGAACAGAAACUUAAUGAAGCGAAGUCAAAGUGUGAGCAGCUUAAUUUGAAGGCGGAGGAGUCGAAAAAGGAGCUGGAUAAAGUCGUGACGACGGCAAUGAAGGAAGAAACUGAAAAGGCUGCUGCUGUGAAACAGCUGGAAGAGAACAAAGCCAAAAUAGAGAAGCUGCUGGACUGGCUCUCGAACAUUGACGAAGACUCGGGAAAGGCAGGGCUGACCCAGAAGCAGGCCGUCGAGCAGAAUGGCACCCACUUGCAAGAUGGUGAUGGGAAGUCUGAGAUUGGGGAAGAGGACGAAGUUAACGGAAACCUGCUGGAGACUGCUGUGGACGGGGUUAUCCUGAGCCCCGAGGAGAAUCUGAACCAGCAAUACCAGAAAGUUAAGGCGCAGCACGAGAUGCUCGCGGCCCGGCAGUCCGCCGUCCUCCUGGCCACGCAGUCGGCCCACACCUUGCUGGAGAGGCAGGGCCGUCACCUGUGUCCCGAGGAGAAGGAGAAGCUGCAGAGGCACGUGGAGGAGCUGAAGGCGCACUACGAGGCGGCCCUGGCCGCGUCCGAGAAGAGGGUGAAGCUGACGCGCUCGCUGCAGGAGGAGCUGGAGAAGUUCGACGCCGACUGCGGGGAGUUCGAGCACUGGCUGGGGCAGUCGGAGCAGGAGCUGCAGAACCUGCAGGCGGGCGCCGACGACCUCCCAGGCCUGCUGGCCAAGCUGAAGAGGCAGAAGAGCUUCUCCGAAGACAUCAUCUCCCACAAGGGCGACCUGAGGUACAUCACCAUUUCUGGGAGCAGAGUCUUAGAAGCGGCCAAGUCAUGCGGCAAGAGAGCCGGCGGUGGCCAGGCCGGACAGGAGGACGUUGACACGUCUGCGACCCACAGGGAAGUCCAGAGCAGACUGGACCAGGCCACCGAGCGGUUCAGAUCUCUCUACUCGAAGUGCAGUGUCCUUGGGAAUAACCUUAAAGAUCUUGUGGAUAAAUACCAACACUACGAAGAUGCCUCCUGUGGACUUCUCUCCGGGCUCCAGGCCUGUGAGGGGGCAGCAAGCAAGCACUUAUCUGAGCCCAUUGCUGUCGACCCGAAAAAUCUGCAGCGGCAACUAGAGGAGACGAAGGCUCUGCAAGGACAGAUCUCAAGUCAGCAGGCUGCUGUUGAGAAACUGAAGAAGACAGCCGAAGUCUUGUUAGAUGCCAGGGGGUCUUUACUGCCUGCUAAGAAUGAUAUCCAGAAAACAUUGGAUGAUAUUGUUGGGAGGUACGAUGAUCUGUCCAAGUCCGUUAAUGAGCGAAACGAAAAACUCCAGAUAACCCUGACCCGCUCACUGAGUGUGCAGGAUGGCCUGGAUGAAAUGCUGGACUGGAUGGGAACUGUGGAGAAUUCUCUGAAAGAACAUGGUCAAGUGCCCUUAAACUCUGCUGCUCUUCAGGAUAUCAUCAGUAAAGACACUUUGUUGGAGCAAGACAUCGCAGGUCGACAGAGCAGUAUAAAUGCCAUGAAUGAAAAAGUGAAGAAGUUUAUGGAAACAACAGAUCCAUCCACUGCAUCCUGCCUGCAAGCCAAAAUGAAGGACCUGUCAGUCCGGUUUUCUGAAGCGAGUCAGAAACACAAAGAAAAACUUGCCAAAAUGGAAGCCCUGAAAUCCAAAGUAGAACUCUUCGAGAAUCUUUCAGAAAAGCUGCAGACGUUUGUAGAAACCAAGUCUCAGGCCCUUACUGAGGUCGACGCACCUGGAAAAGAUGUCACUGAAUUGUCCCAGCAUAUGCAGGAAUCCACCUCUGAGUUUUUAGAACGCAAGAAAGAUCUUGAAAUUUUACAGAAUCUCUUGAAGGAGAUCUCCAACCAUGGUUUGCCAGGGGAUAAGGCUCUGGUUUUUGAAAAAACAAAUAAUUUGUCCAAGAAAUUCAAGGAAAUGGAGGAUACCAUCAAAGAAAAAAAAGAAGCUGUAUCUUCUUGUCAAGAACAGAUGGAUGGUUUCCAAGCACUUGUUAAGUCAUUAAAGUCCUGGAUAAAAGAAACAGCAGAGAGAGUGCCUGUUAUACAGCCUUCUUUUGGGUCAAAGGAUUUAGAGAAAGCUUUGGAAGAAACUAAAAAAUUACAAGAACAGUGGAGUUUGAAGACAGCAGAGGUUCAGAAAGUGAACAGCAGUGGGAUCUCGCUAUGUAACCUCAUAAGUGCUGUGACUGUCCCUGCGAAGGCUCUGGCCACAGUGAUACCAGGUGGAGUAAUGUUAAACGGUGAAGGAACAGCCAUGGAUACUCAGGGAAUUUUGGCAAAUAAAGGGUUAACAUCCAUCAAAAAGGACAUGACUGACAUAAACCACAGUUAUGAAGAUCUUGGCCUCUUACUCAAGGAUAAAAUAUCAGAACUGAAUGCUAAACUCUCCAAAUUGCAAAAGGCUCAGGAAGAAUCCAGCGCGAUGAUGCAGUGGCUGGAGAAGAUGAACCAGACGGCGGCGAAGUGGCAUCAGGCACCGACCCCGACAGACACGGAAGCUGUGAAGACGCAAGUCGAGCAGAAUAAGUCUUUUGAGGCGGAACUUAAGCAAAAUGUAAACAAAGUGCAGGAGUUGAAAGACAAAUUGACAGAGCUUUUGGACGAGAACCCAAACACUCCCGACACCCCCAAAUGGAAGCAGCUGUUGGCAGAAAUAGAUCACAAGUGGCAGGAACUCAAUCAAUUAACAGUUGAUAGACAACAAAAACUGGAAGAAUCCUCUAACAAUCUAACCCAGUUCCAAACCAUCGAGGCUCAGUUAAAACAGUGGCUUGUGGAAAAGGAACUUAUGGUCAGCGUGCUCGGGCCCUUAUCUAUUGACCCAAAUAUGCUAAACACACAAAAGCAGCAGGUGCAGAUUUUACUGCAAGAAUUUGAUACUCGGAAACCUCAGUAUGAACAGCUAACAGCAGCUGGCCAGAGCAUCGUGCGCAAACCUGGCGAACACCCUUCUUUCCAUGGGAUCGUGAAAGAGCAGCUGGCAGCUGUCACCCAGAAGUGGGGCUGCCUCACCGGACAGUUGAGCGACAGAUGUGACCGGAUUGACCAAGCCAUCGUGAAGAGCACCCAGUAUCAAAGCUUGCUGAGGAGCCUCUCCAGUAAGCUGAACGACUUGGACAGUAGACUCAGCAGCAGUGCAGCGGUGAGCACGCAGCCCCAUGCUGUGGACCAGCAGUUGGAAACAGCCCAGAAAAUGAAGCAGGAAGUAGAGCAGGAAAGGAAGCAGGUACAAGUGGCCCAGACCCUCUGUGAGGAUUUGUCAUCCCUGGUGAAAGAAGAGUACUUGAAAGCAGAGCUCAGCAGGCAGCUGGAAGGCAUCUUAAAAUCGUUUAAGGAUAUCGAACAGAAAGCAGAGAAUCAUGUCCGGCACCUUCAGUCAGCCUGUGCCAGUUCCCAUCAAUUCCAGCAAAUGUCCCGAGAUUUCCAGGACUGGCUAGAUACGAAGAAAGAAGAACAGAAUAAGUCUCACCCAAUAUCAGCCAAACUUGAUGUCUUAAAAUCGCUAGUUGAAGACCAAAAACAAUUCAGUGAAACUUUGAACGAGCAGUCCAAUUAUGAGAAAACUAUUGCAGAAGGCGAAAAUCUGUUACUAAAGGCCCAGGGCUCCGAGAAGGCGGCCUUGCAGUCACAACUCAAUACCAUCAAAACCAACUGGGAUGGGUUUAAGAAGCAAGUGAAAGAAAAAGAGGACAGAGUAAAAGACGCCCUGGGAAAAGCCCUCAAAUAUCAAGAGCAUGUCGAGACUCUUCGGCCGUGGAUAGAAAAAUGUCAGAGUAACCUGGAGGAAAUCAAAUUUUCCUUGGAUCCUGCUGAAACAGAGAAUUCUAUUGCCAAGUUAAAAUCUCUGCAGAAGGAAACGGACCAACACUUUGGGAUGGUUGAAUUGCUCAACAACGCAGCCAACAGCCUGCUCAGUGUCUGUGAGACCGAUAAAGAGGUUGUUACGGAGGAGAACAGAUCGCUGAUCGAGAAAAUGGACAGGGUCACUGAGCAACUUCACAGCAAGAAAUCCUCCCUGGAGAACAUGGCCCAGAAGUUUAAAGAAUUUCAGGACGUUUCCAAGGAAGCUCAGAGGCAGCUUCAGUGCGCAAAGGAGCAGCUGGACGUACACGAUUCCCUUGGACCCCAGGCUUACAGUAACAAACACUUGAUGAUGAUGCAGACUCAGCAGAAAUCCCUGAAGACGUUGAAGCAGCAGGUUGAUUUGUCGAAAGAACUUGCACAGGCCCUUGUGCUGGAAACAUCCGAUUCUAAGGGGACCUCUGACAUCUUACUCCAGGCAGAAACCUUAGCUCAGGAACAUCGAGAACUCAGCCGGCAGGUGGAUGAGAAGUGUUCGUUCUUAGAAACGAAGCUUCAGGGCAUUGGGCAUUUCCAGGAUACCAUCCGGGAAAUGUUUUCUCAGUUUGCGGAGUUUGACGAUGAACUCGACAGCAUGGCCCCGGUGGGCAGAGAGGUGGAAACGUUGCAGAAGCAGAAGGAGGCGAUGAAGGUCUUUCUGGAGAAACUGGCAGCACUCAUGACAAGCAACGACCAUGCCAAUCGGACCUGCCAAAUGAUGCUGGCUACGGAGGACACCACUCCCGACCUCGUGGGGAUCAAAAGAGACUUAGAGGCGCUCAGCAAACAGUGCCACAAGUUGCUGGACCGAGCCCAGGCUCGGAAAGAGCAGGUGGAUGGGACAAUCGAACGUGUCGAGGAAUUCUACAACAAGCUCAAAGACUUCUCCACUAGGCUUCAGGAAGCCGAAGAACAUGAAGAGUCUCAGGGACCCGUUGGUAUGGAGACGGAGGCCAUUAACCAACAGCUUGAUGUGUUCAAGGUAUUCCAAAAAGAAGAGAUCGAACCUUUGCAGGUUAAACAGCAAGAUGUGAACUGGUUGGGUCAAGGCCUUAUUCAGAGUGCUGCGAAGGGUGCCAGCACCCAGACUUUGGAACAUGACCUGGAUGAUGUCAAUGCAAGGUGGAAGACUCUUAAUAAGAAGGUGGCUCAGCGAGCAGCCCAGCUGCAGGAGGCCCUGCUGCACUGUGGGCGGUUCCAGGAUGCCCUGGAGUCCCUGCUCAGCUGGAUGGUGGACACUGAGGAGCUUGUGGCCAAUCAGAAGCCCCCGUCGGCAGAGUUCAAAGUGGUGAAGGCCCAAAUACAAGAACAGAAGCUUCUCCAAAGACUGCUGGAUGACCGCAAAUCGACUGUGGAAGUAAUCAAAAGAGAAGGAGAAAAAAUUGCAGCAACCGCAGAACCUGCCGAUAAAGUGAAGAUCUUGAAACAGCUGGAUCUGUUGGAUAGCAGAUGGGACGCUCUGCUGAGCAAAGCCGAAACACGGAAUCGUCAAUUGGAAGGUAUCUGUGUGGUAGCACAGCAGUUUCAUGAAACCUUAGAACCACUGAACGACUGGCUCACGACCAUCGAGAAGAGGCUGGCGAACUCCGAGCCCAUCGGGACCCAGGCAUCUAAACUUGAGGAACAAAUUGCACAGCACAAAGUUCUGCAAGAGGACAUCGUACUCAGAAAACAAAGUGUAGAUCAGGCGUUACUAAAUGGCUUGGAACUACUUAAACAAACGACAGGUGAUGAAGUCUUAAUAAUUCAAGAUAAAUUGGAAGCCAUUAAAGCAAGGUACAAAGACAUUACAAAAUUGAGUGCGGACGUCGCCAAGAUCCUGGACCAGGCCCUGCAGCUGUCGAGACGGCUACACUCCACGCACGAGGAGCUCUGCACCUGGCUAGACAAAGUGGAGGUGGAAUUGCUUUCCUAUGAAACCCAGGUUCUGAAGGGAGAAGCCGCUAGCCAAGCACAAGCCCGGCAAAAAGAGUUGAAAAAGGAAGCUCAGAACAGCAAAGCUAUAGUGGACUCCCUCAAUGAAGUGAGCAGUGCUUUACUGGAACUGGUACCGUGGAGGGCCCGGGAAGGUCUUGAAAAAAUGGUGGCCGAGGACAACGAGCGCUACCGCUUAGUCAGCGACACCAUCGCUCAAAAGGUGGAGGAGAUCGAUGCUGCCCUUCUGAGGUCGCAGCAGUUUGACCAAGCAGCUGAUGCUGAGUUAUCCUGGAUUACUGAAACAGAAAAGAAAUUGAUGUCUCUUGGUGACAUCAGGCUUGAGCAAGACCAGACCUCUGCACAGCUUCAGGUCCAGAAGACUUUCACCAUGGAGAUUUUGAGACACAAAGAUAUUAUCGAUGAACUUGUUAAAUCCGGACAUAAAAUCAUGACCACAUACAGUGAAGAGGAAAAGAAACCAGUGAAGAAAAAACUGGACAAGGUGUUGAAGAAUUAUGAUGCCAUCUGCCAGAUAAACUCAGAAAGAUAUCUACAGCUUGAACGGGCACAGUCCCUGGUGAACCAGUUCUGGGAAACCUACGAAGAACUUUGGCCGUGGCUGACAGAAACACAAGAAAUCAUCUCGCGACUUCCUGCUCCAGCUCUUGAAUAUGAAACUCUGAGACAACAGCAGGAAGAGCAUCGGCAACUGCGAGAGUUGAUAGCCGAACACAAACCUCAUAUAGAUAAGAUGAACAAAACUGGGCCUCAGUUACUGGAAUUAAGCCCAGGCGAAGGCUUUUCCAUCCAAGAGAAGUAUGUGGCAGCCGACACCCUUUACAGUCAAAUUAAAGAAGACGUCAAAAGGCGGGCAGUGGCUCUGGAUGAAGCCAUCUCUCAGUCGACUCAGUUCCAUGACAAAAUAGACCAGAUCCUUGAGAGCCUGGAGCGCGUUGUGGAACGCUUGAGGCAGCCCCCCUCGAUCUCUGCAGAGGUGGAGAAGAUUAAGGAGCAAAUCAGUGAGAAUAAGAAUGUGUCUGUAGACAUGGAGAAGCUUCAGCCACUGUACGAAACUCUCAGACAGCGGGGAGAGGAAAUGAUUGCUCGAUCUGGGGGAACUGAUAAAGACAUAUCUGCCAAAGCUGUUCAAGAUAAGCUUGACCAAAUGGUUUUCAUCUGGGAGAACAUACAUACAUUGGUGGAAGAACGGGAAGCCAAACUACUGGAUGUAAUGGAAUUGGCAGAGAAGUUCUGGUGCGAUCACAUGUCACUAGUUGUUACCACUAAAGAUACUCAAGAUUUCAUCCGUGACCUGGAGGAUCCUGGAAUUGAUCCCUCAGUAGUGAAACAGCAGCAAGAAGCAGCAGAGGCCAUCAGAGAAGAAAUAGAAGGAUUACAAGAAGAGCUGGACAUAGUUGUUAACCUGGGUUCUGAACUCAUCUCUGCCUGUGGGGAACCUGAUAAGCCCAUUGUCAAGAAAAGUAUAGAUGAGUUAAAUUCCGCUUGGGACUCUCUAAAUAAAGCUUGGAAAGACCGGGUUGACAAACUCGAGGAUGCUAUGCAGGCAGCGGUUCAGUACCAGGAUGGAUUGCAGGCCAUAUUCGAUUGGGUAGAUAUUGCAGGUGGCAAAUUAGCUUCAAUGUCUCCAAUUGGAACUGAUCUUGAGACUGUCAAGCAACAGAUUGAAGAGCUAAAGCAAUUUAAGUCAGAAGCUUAUCAACAACAGAUAGAAAUGGAAAGAUUGAAUCAUCAAGCAGAACUUUUACUGAAGAAAGUAACAGAAGAGAGUGACAAACACACCGUUCAGGACCCAUUAAUGGAAUUGAAAUUGAUAUGGGACAGUCUGGAUGAGAGGAUUAUCAACAGACAGCACAAGCUAGAAGGUGCUCUGUUGGCACUGGGUCAGUUCCAGCAUGCCUUGGACGAGCUCCUUGCAUGGCUGACCCACACCGAGGGCUUGCUAAAUGAACAGAAACCCGUGGGAGGAGACCCCAAGGCCAUCGAGAUUGAACUUGCCAAGCAUCACGUUCUCCAAAAUGAUGUAUUAGCCCAUCAGUCCACAGUGGAAGCUGUUAAUAAAGCAGGAAAUGAUCUAAUUGAAUCAAGUGCAGGAGAAGAAGCAAGCAACCUGCAGAACAAGCUGGAGAUCUUAAAUCAACGCUGGCAAAAUGUUUUGGAGAAAACAGAACAGAGGAAGCAGCAGCUGGACGGUGCCUUGCGCCAGGCUAAAGGGUUUCAUGGUGAAAUUGAGGAUUUGCAGCAGUGGCUGACUGACACAGAGCGUCAUCUUCUGGCGUCCAAACCGCUCGGAGGCUUACCAGAAACAGCCAGGGAGCAGCUUAAUGCCCACAUGGAAAUCUGUGCGGCCUUUGACGUUAAAGAAGAAACAUAUAAGAAUCUGAUGGAGAAAGGCCAGCAGAUGCUUGCAAGGUGCCCCAAAUCUGCAGAGACAAAUAUUGACCAAGACAUCAAUAAUUUGAAAGAGAAAUGGGAAUCUGUGGAAACCAAGCUCAAUGAAAGGAAAACUAAACUGGAAGAGGCCCUCAACUUGGCAAUGGAAUUCCACAAUUCUCUCCAAGACUUUAUCAACUGGCUUACACAGGCUGAACAGACCCUUAAUGUAGCUUCUCGGCCAAGCCUUAUCUUGGACACAGUCUUAUUUCAAAUCGAUGAACACAAGGUUUUUGCCAAUGAAGUCAAUUCACACCGUGAGCAAAUAGUAGAACUGGACAAAACCGGAACUCACUUGAAAUAUUUCAGUCAGAAACAAGACGUUGUCCUAAUUAAGAACCUACUGAUCAGCGUUCAGAGUCGAUGGGAGAAAGUUGUUCAGCGCUUGGUAGAGAGAGGAAGAUCUCUGGAUGAAGCAAGGAAGAGGGCCAAGCAGUUCUAUGAAGCAUGGAGUAAACUUAUGGAGUGGCUUGAAGAGUCAGAGAAGUCUCUGGAUUCUGAGCUGGAAAUUGCCAAUGAUCCACACAAAAUAAAGACACAACUUGCUCAACAUAAGGAGUUUCAGAAAUCACUGGGAGCCAAGCACUCUGUCUAUGACACCACCAACAGAACAGGGCGUUCUCUGAAGGAGAAAACUACUCUGGCCGAUGACAACCUGAAGCUGGAUGACAUGCUGAGUGAGCUCCGAGAUAAAUGGGACACCAUCUGCGGGAAAUCUGUGGAGAGACAAAAUAAACUGGAGGAAGCCCUGAUAUUUUCUGGACAGUUCACAGAUGCCCUGCAGGCUCUGAUUGAUUGGCUGUAUCGAGUUGAACCCCAGCUGGCAGAAGACCAGCCUGUCCACGGAGACAUUGAUUUAGUGAUGAAUCUGAUCGAUAAUCACAAGGUCUUCCAAAAAGAGCUGGGGAAGAGGACGAGCAGCGUGCAGGCCCUGAAGCGCUCCGCCAGGGAGCUCAUCGAAGGCAGCCGAGACGACUCCUCCUGGGUCAGGGUCCAGAUGCAGGAGUUAAGCACACGCUGGGAGACCGUGUGUGCCCUCUCUAUAUCCAAGCAAACACGUCUGGAAGCAGCUCUGCAGCAGGCAGAGGAAUUUCACUCAGUGGUACAUGCCCUCUUGGAAUGGCUGGCUGAGGCAGAACAAACCCUCCGUUUCCAUGGCGUUCUCCCAGAUGAUGAAGAUGCUCUCCGGACUCUGAUUGAUCAGCACAAAGACUUCAUGAAAAAACUGGAAGAAAAACGAUCUGCACUAAAUAAAGCUACCAGUAUGGGAGAUGCUGUCUUGGCCAUCUGCCACCCUGACUCGAUCACCACCAUUAAGCACUGGAUAACCAUCAUCCGGGCCAGGUUUGAAGAGGUGCUGGCCUGGGCAAAACAACAUCAGCAAAGGUUAGCAAGUGCCCUGGCUGGACUGAUUGCUAAACAAGAACUCUUGGAGGCUUUGCUGGCUUGGCUGCAGUGGGCUGAAACAACACUUAGUGAUAAGGAUAAAGAGGUCAUCCCCCAGGAAAUUGAAGAAGUGAAAGCGCUCAUUGCAGAACACCAGACUUUCAUGGAGGAAAUGACCAGAAAACAGCCUGAUGUUGAUAAAGUAACAAAGACCUAUAAGAGGAGAGUGGCUGAUCCUUCCUCAAUACAGUCCCAUAUCCCAGUCUUAGAUAAAGGACGGACCGCAAGGAAAUGCUUUCCAUCAUCAAGCUUAUAUCCCUCUGGAUCACAGACGCAAAUUGAAACCAAGAAUCCCAAGAUCAACUUAUUAGUGAGCAAAUGGCAACAGGUCUGGCUUCUUGCAUUGGAAAGAAGGAGAAAGCUUAAUGAUGCUUUGGACAGACUAGAGGAGCUGAAGGAAUUUGCAAACUUUGACUUUGAUGUCUGGCGGAAAAAAUACAUGCGGUGGAUGAAUCACAAGAAAUCGCGCGUGAUGGACUUCUUUAGGAGAAUUGACAAAGACCAAGAUGGGAAAAUAACCCGACAAGAAUUUAUUGAUGGAAUUCUUUCCUCAAAGUUCCCAACCAGUCGCCUGGAGAUGAGUGCCGUUGCGGACAUUUUUGACAGAGAUGGUGAUGGCUACAUUGACUACUACGAAUUUGUAGCCGCCCUUCAUCCCAACAAAGAUGCCUACAAGCCUGUCACUGAUGCUGACAAAAUUGAAGAUGAAGUGACAAGACAGGUUGCGAAGUGUAAGUGUGCAAAACGAUUUCAAGUUGAACAGAUUGGAGACAACAAGUACAGGUUCUUCCUGGGAAAUCAGUUUGGAGACUCCCAACAGCUGCGACUUGUCCGAAUCUUACGAAGCACCGUGAUGGUUCGUGUCGGUGGCGGCUGGAUGGCCCUUGAUGAGUUCUUGGUGAAAAAUGAUCCUUGCAGGGUUCAUCAUCAUGGGAGUAAAAUGUUACGUUCGGAAUCAAACUCUUCAAUUACUACUACUCAGCCUACUAUAGCGAAAGGAAGGACAAACAUGGAACUGCGUGAGAAGUUCAUUUUAGCCGACGGUGCCAGUCAGGGCAUGGCAGCCUUCCGGCCCCGGGGCCGAAGAUCUCGGCCUUCCUCGAGAGGAGCUUCACCCAACCGAUCAACGUCCGUGUCCAGUCAGGCUGCUCAAGUGGCCUCCCCGCAGGUCCCUUCUGCCAGCACCCCCAAGGGAACCCCAAUACAAGGAAGCAAGCUUCGACUUCCAGGAUAUCUCUCCGGGAAAGGCUUCCACUCUGGAGAAGACAGUGGCUUGAUAACCACCGCAGCCACCAGAGUCAGGACCCAGUUUGCUGAUCCCAAGAAGACCCCCAGCCGGCCCGGAAGCAGAGCUGGAAGCAAAGCUGGCAGCCGGGCCAGCAGCCGUCGAGGGAGUGAUGCAUCAGACUUUGACAUUUCAGAAAUCCAGUCUGUGUGCUCAGACGUGGACACGGCCCCUCCAACACAAAGACCUACGCCCCGAGCAGGUUCUCGGCCAUCUGCAGCCAAGCCUUCCAAAAUACCGACGCCCCAGAGGAAAUCUCCUGCCAGCAAACUGGACAAGUCCUCCAAGAGAUAGUGCACCGGGGUCCCACCACCAUCCUUCCUUGAGCAUUUAUUAUUUAACUCCGAAAACUGUAAAAUACGAUGUAGAAAUUAUUGUGAAAUAUUGUAAGAGGCGAGUUUAAAAUUCUACAGAUGGCCUUAUUUGUGUAUUUGUCUUUUUAUUUUUUAACCUGUCUGAUUUGGGGUCAGAUUCCCGGGUUAAAGUCACAUCAUCUGUGGAAGAAAAAAGUUUAACAUGCACUAACCCUUCUGCACCGCAAGGUGUGGCUCUUACACUAAAACUCGAUCACUGUCCCAACAGGUAAGUUCACAUCUUCGGUGACAUCCUCCUCCGCCCUACAUCCCUAGCUAGGGUGAAGGAUGCCUCAUGACAUUUCCUUGAUUGUGUGCAAACUCUGGAAAACCGAACACUGGAGCUGUAUUUUGAGAUGAUGGUAAUGCAGACUAGAGGAAAACAGCAAGACAGACACAUCCGCACAUGGUUCCUUACGCAGAGAUCUUCAGUCCGACAGAGAGAUUGCAGGAAGUUACUUUCAGCACUUACCGCUGCUAUGGCCGUCCCGAACCUUGCAGCAUUUCUGUGUCAUGGCUUUACACGAGGCCAGAGGUGCCUGAAUAUUACACCUCCUAUACUGUAAGAAUAUAACUAAAGUGCAUUCAUAUAAACGUGAGGUUUUCUUUUGCUUGAGUGGACAAUAGCACCUGUAUCAUUGAACUCAUUUUGUAUCAGAGCAAAUUUUGCUUGCGGAAGGCUAUAAAAUAAAACAUGUCCCUUAACUACCUUGCUAUGGAAUUAAUUUUUUUCCCCAGGGAAAAUCAGUGUAUUUUUUAUGAGCAAUAUCGAUUUGGAGUGACCAAAAGAUACUUACAAAUGGGUUUAUUUUGAUUUCUCAUCUGAAAUAAUCAUGUUCUAGUAUUAUAUCUAUAUUUAAUAAAUAUAUACAUUUUAAUUUAUUAUGUAUACUCACAUACUAUAGAACAAUAUUAGUAUGCAUUUAAUAAAACAUAUUCACUUGAA